AUGGAGGUGUAUGUCGACGACAUGUUGGUGAAAAGCCGAACGGCAGGGGGGCAUCUGGAAAACCUGGCCCUCAUGUUCGGUAUACUAAAGGACUACCGAAUGAGGCUGAACCCAGCGAAGUGCGCCUUCGGUGUAUCUUCCGGUAAAUUUCUCGGAUUCAUGAUCAGCCAAAGGGGAAUCGAGGCCAAUCCCGAGAAAAUCAAAGCCAUAAUCGACAUGGAAACGCCGAAGACACAGAAGGACAUUCAAAGCCUUACCGGACGUGUCGCUGCCCUGACACGCUUCAUCUCCAAGGCUACCGACAAGUGCGUGCCGUUCUUCAAAGCUUUGAAAGGGGGCAAACAUCAUAUCGCAUGGACUCCCGAAUGCGACCAGGCAUUUCAAAACUUGAAGAACUACAUGAGCCAGGCACCGCUAUUAUCAAAACCGCUCCCAGGAGAAGUCCUCCUCCUAUACCUUUCGGUAUCCAACACUGCCCAAGGCACUCCAGAGCGCAGAGCUUCGGUACCCACCCUUAGAGCAGCUAGCACUGGCCCUGGUCGUCUCGGCGCGAAGGCUUCGCCCAUACUUCCAGGCGCACGAGAUCACUGUUCUGACAAACCAGCCCCUUCGGCAGGUACUCCAAAAGCCAGAAACGUCGGGCCGAUUGGUCAAAUGGGCAAUCGAGCCGUCGCCGACUUCAUCUCCGAGCUCACACCUCCUGCUAUCGGAACCAUCAUCGCCGAACGCUAUCCUUACUGCACCAGAGAAAAUGGAUACCGAACGUUUGACACUUCCGUUCCUCUCUGGAUUCUGCACGUGGAUGGCUCGGCAAACCAGCAAGGCUGUGGUGCCGGCUUAGUGUUAACCACUCCGGACGGUAGCAAAGUCGAAUAUGCCCUCCGAUUCAACUUCCGGACCUCCAAUAACGAGGCAGAGUAUGAGGCCCUCUUGGCCGGCCUUCGGCUAGCCAAGAGCAUGAGCGCGAAGCAGAUCAGCAUUCACAGUGACUCCCAGCUCAUAGCCUACGAGAUACGGCAGAUCCCCAGGUCAGAAAACAGCCACGCCGAUGCGCUCUCACGAUUGGCUUCGGCAAUAAAUGACAAGAUCGGAAGGAAGGUACCGGUGGAGAUAUUAUCCCAACCAAGCACGACAGCCGCUGAGGUGUGUACCGUUCGGUACGAAGACACAUGGAUGUCUCCAAUCUAUGCCUUCCUGACAACCGGAACCCUUCCUACCGAUAAGUCCCAAGCUCGGAAACUCCGUUACCGAUCGGCAAGAUACACAGUCAUCAACGAUGUUCUGUACAAGCGAGGCUACACGACGCCGUAUCUAAAAUGCCUACCAAGGAGCAGGGGGACUACAUCCUUCGGGAGGUCCACAGCGGAGUCUGCGGUGACCAUUCGGGAUCCCGAUCGCUCGCACACAAGGUCUUCCGACAGGGUAUUUCUGGCCGACUCUGCACCAGAUGCGAACAUUAGUCAAGAGGUGUGA